AUGGGGGUGUCGGCAGCGACGGGCAAACCUGGUCGUCGGGCGCCUGGCACCUCGCCUGCUCUCGCCGCUGCGUCUCCCUUCGAUCUCUCCUCUUCCGCCACUCCCGCUCCUCCGCUCGCCUCCUUGCGCGCAGUACCGCCGCAGGUCCCUCUCGCGCCGCGCUUGCCCCACCAACCCACCGCAGAUAAGCCUCUGGCCUCCGCGCAUUCCUCACGCUCCCUGCUGUCGUCACAGCCGUAUAGUAAAGCCCGCCGCCUGCCCUUCCGUUUCCCCGCGCGCGCCGUGUCCGCCCAGGCGCGCGCGCUCUGCCACUACGCCGCGCUCACCGUCGCCGCGGCCCUCUUUCACGUCGUGUGGAUCGCCUUUCAGUCCGACGCGCCGCGCUUGCCUGACGCCCGUGACCCCAAUGGGAGGGCCGUCCCCUACCGGUCACAUGAAACAUUACGAGGCUGCCCGGUGUGCGGCCGCGGCGAGGUCAAGCUACCGCCGCUGGUGCGCCCGCUGUCCGCGCGCGGCGCCAAGAUGCGCCUCUGCAUGGGCAGCGCCGCCGCGCCGUUCGCGCAGGGCACGUUCGUGAGCCCCGAGGAGGCGCGCGACGGGGCGAGCUUCGGCAGCCGGUUCGCGCAGCUGGCGGUGUUCGAGGCGGAGGCGCUGCACGAGGCGGCGGAUGGCGCGGGGGACGCGCGCGGAGGCGGCGGGAAGUCGGGGCGGCAGGUUCAGCGAGGGUCGGCGGCGGUGACGACGUGGGUGAGGCUGCUGGCGUUCCUGGAGGACGAGGAGUCGAUCCGCAAGACGCAGUGGGAGGGUGUGGCGCCCGCCCUCGUGGUGGACACCGUGGUGCGCCACCGCCACCCCUGGCACAUCGCCCUCGAAUGCCCCCUCCCGCCCUUCCCCUCCCCGCCUUCCCAAUCCUCCUCCCCGCCUCCUGCGGACACGUCUGCGGACCCCUCCGCAGAUGCGGCAGUGCCGGUGCACGUGAGGGUGAGUCGGCGGGAGGCGUGGCGGCACUAUGUGGAGUACGGGCAGCGCCUGCAGGUGCAGCUGGUGGCAGCCCGCAACGGCUCCGACCUGCGCAUGCCGCCUCUGCUGCUCUGCCGUGCUGACGGCGACAGUGAUGGUGACGGCGGUGGUGGCGGUAGUGACGGGCUCCCCGUGGACCCGGGCAGCCGCGCCCCGCCGUUCCCCUUCGCUGCCGUGGAGAGGGAGGUGGCUGCCGCGGCUAAUGCAGGCUCGGGAGGAGGCUCGGAACUGGCGAGGCUGAUGGGGGGGGAUGCGGGAGGAGUGGGGGGCAAAGCGAGGAUGAAAGGGGCGGGGAAAGGGGAGGGCGCGGGGGCGUCUCUUGCUGCCUUCCCCAUGCUUCCCCUUGCCCGUCCCUCUCCAUACCCCGCACCUUCCAUGCCCCCCUCAUUCCCAUGUCCCCUUCUGCUCUCCCAUGCCAUCCCUGCUCCCUGUUCCUCUGGCGCACGCCUCCCCUUCUCAUCCCACGCCCCCCUAUGUCGCCAGUUCCCAGAGAUAUACGAUCAGAUCAUAUCAUACGAGCACUGCCUCAUGCAGGGGCGGCGGAGGGGAGACCGGUGGCAGCUGCACAUAGACAGCGACGAGUUCGUGUGGUACGAGCCGCGCACGGGGGGCUUCCUCAAGCCGCUGCUCGCGCGCCUCGAGCUCAACCACACGCGCUCGCGCCGCGCGGCAGCAAGGAGCCCCUGCGGCUCGGUGGCCAUCCACACGACCACGGCGCCCCCGGAGUCGGUGGCAACGGCGCCGCAGGACGUGCUGCACGUGAACCACUUCACGGCCACAGCCAUCGACCUCGCGCAGCACCCCUGCCGCUCCUGGGUCAAGCCCGUGCUGGACCAAGGCCUCACCUGGGUCACCCCGCGCGCCCUCAAGUGCCGCGCCCUGCCCUGCCACCGCUCCACACCCCUCGAGUGCUGGCUCUUUUGCAUUCUGCCGUGGCAGGGGGAGGAGGAUGGCAGGAGGGGCGGUGCUGGUGGGGGUGGAGGGCUAAGGGUGGCUAAGCCUGAGAAUGUGGAGAGCGGGGAGGGAGAGAAGAGUAAGGAGCCUGCCGAAGAUACGAUGUAA